CAUCGCCAAAAGUAAGGCUGGAUAAACGCUGAGUUCAGCGACUGAUUGGCCAUUUGGAUCUACCGUCCCUUUUCCAGGCGACAAAGACCAGUUUGCCAAGCACGAGAACGGCAACACGUACGGGUUGCCGUACGACUACGAAUCGGUUAUGCACUACAAGCACAACGCCUUCGCCAAAGACAGCGGCAUCCCGACUAUCGUCCCAACCAGCAGAAAGUCGAAGAUUGGACAGAACCGGGAUCUGAGUCCGUUGGAUGUGGUCAGAAUACACCGACGGUUCCGGUGUUCGAUUGCGGACCCAAAGACGUUUUCCUCAGGCGAAGACAGUUGCAACGAGAAGUCGGGUAACUGUCCUGUCUGUCCGAUUGCGCAAGCAGGAAAGCAGGAUCAGUGCGAAUCCGGAAACAGCAGGGAAGAUGAUGGUGAAAACAAUGGGAUGUUUACUGCAACAGAAUCGUUCCUGCAGUUUUCCCAGGAGCCAAUGACCGCAGAGCAAUGUGGGCUUCAGUUCACCACCAGCUGUAAUAACCCGCGAUAUACAGCUGAGAACUGCACGUAUACGCGAGCGCUUGCCAUCAACUGCAGCACGCUCGUUACUUCGGCAGAAAUUCGGCAGAUCAGCGCUGGACUUUCCAGAUCUCCAAAGAGAGCAAUUGCGGUUGAUCUUUAUGAUGGUGACUACAUCGUUUUCGAUAACUUCCACACGGUCCGGCAACAAGUUGUGGCGACUGCCAUCACAAACUGCAUUUCUAGCCGGACCGUUCAAAAACUGGCCGCACUACGUUUUUCCAGUUUGUUAGAAUUGGAGAUAAAACACUGCUAUGGACUGGAAAUCAAGAGAGCUGAUUUCGGCCAGUCAAACAAGAUCACAGUGAUUACUUUUGAAGACACUACUAUUAAAAUGUUGGAGAAGGGCACGUUUACUGAUCUGCCGUCUUUGCGAGUGCUAUCCUUAGAGUUGGGCAUGCGUAACAUGGCUGUUUUCGGGCGGACCAUUCGAGAUUACCUGAAGAAGGUCCACUGCGGCUGCGAUUUCUAGUGGUUUCGCGAUUGGUGGGAAGGUAAUCGGCAAUUGCUGCGAAAGGCUGCAGCAGAGGAAGUGUACCUCAUCCCAGAAGCACGGAGAAAUAAUAAUUACACUAAAGAGGACAUUUAUCUGCCCAUUGACUGCUCGGUUAACCCGUUUCCUACUGUACCAACUUCCAUAGACCAUAAACAGUACAGGUUCUCAAUCAACGUACCGCAGUUUUCGAGUGCCGACGUUGACACAUCACAAUGCUCGGAUGAACUGUUGAACUCUAAAGAC